UGUGUUCAUGAGGAUCUGUUCUUGGAUGUGUGGGGGUAGCUCCUUAACAAUCUUGAGUGGAACAAUGCCGAAAUCAAAAGAACUUGUGUCUCCAAGCUCAUCCGCCAGUGAUUCUGACAGUGAGGUUGACAAAAAGGUGAAAAGGAAAAAACAAGCAGUUCAAAGUAGCAACAGAGAUGAGAAUACGUUUCAGAUUGGUAAAAUGAGAUAUGUAAGUGUUGGUGAUUCUAAAGGUAUAGUCCUAAUUGAUACUAGAGAAUACUGGAUGGAUCAAGAAGGUGAAGUGAAACCAGGCAGAAAAGGUAUCUCUCUAAAUCCAGAACAGGGGAGCCAGUUGAAGGAACAGAUUACUGUUACUGAUGAAGCAGUAAGAAAACUGUAAAGAUGAGCCAUGAAGAAACUCUACUGUUAUAGGUUUAAGUGGACUUUUUACAUUGGCAUUCAUUUUCUAAACUAUUUGUUUUCCAAGCUAUUGGAUAUUUGGAUUGCAAAACCAUUUGUAAGAUGAGCGCUUUUUGUAAUGUGCAUUAAAAGUAUUCUGGGUGAAGUUACAAAUGUGUAUACUAUUAUUAAACAGGUGUUAUGU